AUGGUCGACCUCGAACACCCCUCCAACGAGUCCAUCGCCCCAUCCGAGGAUAUUCCUCAGCUGACCAUCAAUCACGAUGUCGCCGCUGAUCUAGAUUCGAGCAAUGCCUUUGAAGGCCCAGAGAAGCUCCUUGAAGUUUGGUUUGCCCCCAGCGCAGAUGCCCUCCCGGCCGGAGCCAAGCCGGAGGGCUUGAAGGCUGUAGCCGCUGAGACCUGGGUACCCAUGCUUGACGAGGUCCACUGCAAGGUCCUCUCUGUUGUCAACUCGGAGCAUAUUGAUGCCUAUCUUCUCUCCGAGUCCAGCAUGUUCGUCUUCCCUCACAAGCUGAUUCUGAAGACCUGUGGCACCACAACCCUACUGUGGGGUUUGAAGCACCUUCUUCGCAUUGCUGCUCGCGAAGCUGGCUUUCCCUUCCACAACGUUAAAUCUCUCGAGGAUGAACAUGUUGCUGCGACUCCGUACCGGGUCUUCUACAGCCGCAAGAACUUUUUGUACCCCGAAAAGCAGCCACUUCCUCACCGAAGCUGGGGUCAGGAGAUCAAGUUCUUGGACGACAUGUUUGAGCACGGGAGCGCCUACAUGGUGGGCAAGAUGAAUGGGGACCAUUGGUACCUGUAUAUCACGUCUCCUCAGGCUUCCCUGACGCCGCCGCGCACCCCUGAUGAGGAGCGAACUCCCACUGGUGCUACCGCGUCAAGUGCUCAAUGGAAGAUACCUACCGGGCUUGCCUCGGCCUUUAACGGUGCUGCCGAGAGCAACGAUGAGACCUUGGAGAUUCUCAUGACUGAUUUGGACCCCGAAAAUGCAAAGCAGUUCUACCUGGAGCGCGCGAGUGCGGUCGCGUGUGCCAAGUUGCCUUUGCAGGUUGAGGAGGCCCGUCGCAAUGCUGUGGACAGCCUUGGCGACUUAUCAGGUAGCACCUGUACAAUCCAGACUACCAGCACGGUUGAAAGUCUCUCUGAUGAAACAUUCGAUGACACAAGCGUGGCGAGCGAGUCGGACCAACCUGGCGCAAACACACCUCUGUCCGAGAUCGAUCAAUUGAGUCUCACGACCGAGGGUCACGCGCUUGGUACAGUGGUCUCGGAUUGUUGCGGUCUCUCAGAUGUCUACCCAACGUCCAAGUACCCUGACGCUCGUAUCGACGCCUACAUGUUCAAUCCGUGCGGUUUCUCUGCAAACGGAGUUGUCCCUGCGCCCCCAGAGGAGGGCAGUGAGAAGUCUACCCACUACUUUACCGUUCACGUGACCCCUGAGCCGCAGUGUUCCUACGCGUCUUUUGAGACCAAUGUGCCGGGCGGUCAGAAUGGUCGCGAAACCUCGGAAGUCAUUGAGCAGGUGGUUGGCAUCUUCAAGCCGGGACAUUUCAGCAUCACCCUGUUUGAAGCCAAGGGAGCGAGUGGCGACACCUCGACUGGCACGAGCCGCGGCAAGCGUGUAGAGAGUAUCAAGGGAUACCGCCGCAUUGAUCGCAUUGUCCAUGACUUUGAGGAUUACGAGCUAGUUUUCCGGUACUACGAGCGCGAGGGCUGGGUCGGUGGCAGCGGACUGCGUGUUGGAGAGGAGCUGUGA